AUGGGGAUCUGUUUAUCGUGUUUACGUCCUCGUGACGCCUACGUUGACGAAUAUAACGAGACCUCGUCGUUGUUGAGGAACCAGCACAAUUUAUAUUCAAACGAUUAUCUUCAAGAAGAAGAGCUCUUGAAGCAACAGAGACAACAGGAAUUGAACACUAUUGUGAACGAACUUUCAGAUAACUUAAUAGAUGUUUCACUGUUCUUGAACAACACGAGUAAUAAUUCAGUCACAAACACACCUAAUUUUUAUCCCUAUGAAUACAACACUACCGAGAAACUAAAGGUGUUGAAUGACGUAGAAGAGCUCACUGCUGCCGUUAAAGAUUCUUGUAAGAUAUCCUUUAAUGAACCGCUUUAUUUGAAGUUUUAA